AUGCCCGCAUACUUCUACCAUCUCAGUCUUGAAGUCGUGCGCAGCUCUCACCCACCUAAAUCACCAGCUGCCACCUCAUCCCUGGCCCUGGACUCUGUAUGGGAAGCUCUGCUCCCCUUCCAGAAGCGGGCCCGGCCUUCACCUUCAACUCCCACGUCUAGCGGGGGUGAUUCCCUUGCACAAUUGACGCAUACACCUGGAAAAGAAAUUACGCUUGAAAGACGGUUUAAACACGCUUCCGCAUCUUCUUCGUCUGAGCAUCCAUCUUCUAGUAGCGCGCAUCAUUCGCCUUCGUCGUCGCUUCACGCCAAUAAGUACCCCACUACCUCUCCUAACAGCCCCUCCGAUCUCGAAAACGACGUUCGCGCUGGAACUAUCCUUAUUGAUUGCAUCGAUAUGGUCGCACCUGAUGAUGGGUCUGGAAAGCGGACCCAGAAGCGUGGUAGUACUGCUGCCCCUACCGCUGGCAAAGAAGACAAUCUCGUCGCUGCAGGCAUUGGCACUGAUAUCCUAGGUGGCUUGCGCACAAAGGGUCGCUACAUCCCUCUUGAUCAGGAGGUCGGGGACAGUGUCUGGGGGAUCGUCCAUUUGUACCGUGAUGUACAGGAGACUCCGUACCUCGCCGGGAACGAUGAUGAUUACCCAACAUACCUGAAAGGCUCUGCGGCCGCGCGACACCCAAGCGAGCAGCAGGCUGGCGGUGCGAGUCGCGCGUCUCAUACUUGUGGCAAGGGCUCUGCGGAUUUAACGGCGUAUCCGUUCCCUGUGACGGUUUCAGCGUCGGGUAAAGAGGAGGAUGAGUGCUCGACGUUGUGUAUACUGGCGGUGCCGAGUUACUUGUCGCCACCGGACUUUUUGGGGUUUGUGGGUGAGAGGACGAUGGAUGAUGUUAGUCAUUUCCGGAUGAUACGUACGCCGCGCGCCAAUCGGUAUAUGGUUUUGAUGAAGUUUCGGAAUGGGAGGAAGGCGAAGGUUUGGCAGAAGGAGUGGAAUGGGAAGGUUUUUAAUAGUAUGGAGCCUGAGACCUGCCAUGUGGUUUUCGUGAAAUCGGUCGAGAUUCAGGUUGUCGAACCUGAUCCACCUUCGACAGCCGACGCGGUUGUCCUUUCGCCCUCUCAUAAACAUUCUGUGCCAUCUUCUGGUCAGGCUACACUCUCGACGAAACCUCUCGCACCACCUACACCCGCAUUGAUCGAACUCCCCACCUGCCCCGUAUGCCUCGAGCGAAUGGAUGAAACAACGGGUCUUCUCACAAUCAUCUGUCAACAUGUCUUCCACUGCACUUGCCUCCAGAAAUGGAAAGGCAGCGGGUGUCCUGUCUGUCGGUACACGCAGGACGAUUUUCGCAAGGGGAAUGCCUCCACAGAUAGUGAUGAAGAACCCGCCGAGUGCAGUGUCUGCCACACCGACGCUAAUCUCUGGGCCUGUCUGAUCUGCGGCUCUGUUGGCUGUGGCCGCUACGACGGCGCUCACGCCUUUGAUCAUUGGAAACAGACCGCCCAUGCCUUUGCCAUGGACCUCACCUCCCAGCGAGUCUGGGACUAUGUCGGCGACGCUUAUGUGCACCGCAUCAUCCAGAGCAAAUCUGACGGCAAGCUCGUCGAGCUUCCUGCCGCUGAUCACUCAGCCCUUGACCCGCCAGACUGGGCUGACGCCGUACCCCGUGAGAAACUCGAGAACAUGAGUGUCGAAUACACGCACCUCCUCACAUCACAGCUGGAAAGCCAACGCGCCUACUUCGAGGAGAUUGUCGAGCGAGCAGCCGACAAGGCCUCACAGGCUAGUGCUGCCGCCGUAUCUGCAGAAGAAGCCGCCAGCGCGGCAACAACCCGUCUCGCAGAACUGCAGGCACAAUACGAAGCUCUCUCGUCCGACUUCAUCCCCAGCAUGGAGCGCGAGCGCGGUCGUCUCGAAAAGAGAGCCGAGAAAUUCGAAGCUCUGGCCCGCCGCAUGGAGAAAGAUUAUCGUGAGGAGAAGACUAUGAAUACCAGUCUGAUGGAAAGACUGGAGCAUAUGUCGACGGAGAAUGCGGCGCUGAAGAGCAAUGUCGAUACGCUGAAGGCGGAGAUUGUAGAUUUGCAAGAGCAAAAUCGCGAUCUGACGUUCUUUAUUAGUGGGAGUCAGAAGCUGCAGGGUGCUGGGGAGGAUAUUGAGCAGGGGACUAUUAGUGUACCUGAUCCCCCGGCUGAGGCGGCGAAGAAGAAGAGGAAUCGGGGGAAGGGGAGGAAGUAG